AUGCGCGAGCCUGAGGACCUGCAGACGGCCAUGUACUACGCACGGGCCUACGAGAAGCGCGCCAUCGCCAUGCAGCAGGUCUACGCGCAACGUGGCAGCGCUCAUCCCGCGCUCCGACCCGCCCCGAAGCCCACCGCCCCGCCGCGCCCCGCGCCGGCCGCUGCGCCCGCGAGCCCUCCUGCGCCGACUCGCCCCUUCGAACGGCUGACGUCUGCAGAGCAGCUCGAGCGGCACCACAAGGGGCUGUGCUUCAACUGCGACGAGCAGUACGCGUCGGGCCACACGUGUGCCUGCCUCUUCUACCUGGAGACCGUCGACGAUGCCGACGUGGAGGCCCUCACCGCCGAGCUCGCGGCCGCCACCGUCACUGAGGCCGGUGUCACGACCUACGCGCCGGUCGACGCGUCCGCCUUCGUCGUCUCUCUUCAUGCUAUGGCGGGCAUCAAGACGGUAAAGACGAUGCUGCUCCCGGUGACGAUCAAUGGGGAGCGUCUCACUGCGCUGGUGGACACGGGCUCGACGCACAACUUCCUGUCCAACACCGCCAUGCGCCGCCUCGCUCUCCAGCCGGCGGGAUCGGAGAAGUACAGCGUCACCGUCGCCAACGGGGACCGUCUUACGUGCCAGGGCGUGGCGCGACAGGUUCCCGUGCUCGUUGGCGACGAGCCGUUCUCCAUCGACUGCGUCGGCAUCGACUUGGGCUGCUACGACUUCAUCCUCGGCCUCGACUUCCUAAGCACCUUAGGCCCCAUCCUGUGA